AUGAAGUGGCUUGUGCUCCUCGGGCUGGUGGUCUUCUCAGAGUGCAUAGUCAAAAUACCUCUAACGAGGGUGAAUAUCAUGAGGAAAACCCGCAGUGAAAAAAACAUGCUGAACAAUUUCCUGAAGGAACAUGCUUACAGCCUGUACCUGACUUCUUCUCCUGGCUCAAAUAUAACUACUUACCCUCUGAGAAACAUCCAGGAUAUAAUAUAUGUGGGUAACAUCACCAUUGGAACACCCCCUCAGAAAUUCCAGGUUGUCUUUGACACAGGCUCAUCUGACCUGUGGGUGCACUCCGUCUUAUGCUCCAGGCGACGCUGUUCUUCACAAGGUUUGUUCAGACAUCGUGAGUCUUCCACCUUCCGGGCUACCAGAAGGAGAUUCGGCAUCGUAUACGGUCGUGGGAGGAUGAAUGGAAUUGUUGUUCAUGACACCGUUCGUAUUGGGGACUUAGUAAGUACUAACCAGGCAUUUGGUCUAAGCAUGGAGCAUUCCUGGUUUGAGGGAAAGCCUUUUGAUGGCGUCUUGGGUUUGAGCUACCCCAACAAAUCUCUCACUGGAGGCAUCCCCAUCUUUGACAACCUGAAGAAUCAAGGUGCCAUUUCUGAGCCGGUUUUUGCCUUCUACCUGAGCAACAAGCCGGAGGGCAGUGUGGUGCUGUUUGGUGGGGUGGAUAAAUCCUACUACCAGGGAGCACUCAACUGGGUACCAGUGACCCAAGCGGGCUACUGGCAUGUCCACAUGGACCGCGUCUCCAUUAACAGCCGGGUUGUUGCUUGUAAUGGCGGCUGUGAGGCCUUUGUGGACACUGGGACAUCACUGAUCCUUGGCCCAGGAAGACUGAUCGAUAACAUCCUGAGGCUCAUCGGCGUCACCGAGCGCUGUGUGUCAUGUGCUACGGUCAACACCCUGCCCUCUGUUGACUUCACCAUCAACGGCAUCAACUACCCAGUGCCAGCUCAAGCCUACACCAUCAAGGAUUCUAGUGGCAACUGCUAUAUCGGCAUUAGAGAGAACCCAGUGAAUAGAUCUACAGAGAACUGGAUCCUGGGUGACGUCUUCCUGAGGCAAUAUUUCUCGGUCUUUGAUCGAGGAAAUGACAGGAUUGGCCUGGCACAGGCAGUGUAA